GCGACGUCGUCCUCGUUGCUGCUCUUCGCGUUAGUGCUGUUGCCGGAAGUAAAGAUGGUGGCCUUUACCGCCGAGGCGGACCUGGUUACGGGAUGGUGUCUCUUCGGCCUCGCUUUGCUGGUCAUCCUGGUGUUUUGCUGGGUUUAUGUCCGCAAAUACCAGAGUAGGCGGGAAAGUGAAGUAAUUUCCACCAUAACAUCUAUUUUUGCUUUGGCAAUUGCACUUAUUACAUCAGCUCUCCUACCUGUCGACAUUUUUCUAGUUUCUUACGUGAAGAAUCAAAAUGGAACCUUUAAGGACUGGGCUGAUGCCAAUGUUACAAGACAAAUUGAAGACACCAUAUUAUAUGCGUAUUACACCCUUUACUCCAUCAUAUUAUUCUGUGUAUUUUUAUGGAUUCCCUUUGUCUACUUCUACUAUGAGGAGAAAGAUGAAGAUGAUGGCAAUACAUGUUCACAGGUUAAAACUGCAUUCAAGUAUACACUAGGAUUCCUCCUGGUUUGUACAGUUCUUCUAAUGAUCGGAGCUUUUGUUCCACUGGAUAUUCCUAACAAGAAAAAUUCAACAGAGUGGGAGAAAAUAAAACUUUUGUUUGAAGAACUUGGAAGCAGCCAUGGUUUAGCUGCCCUCUCCUUCUCUAUAAGUUCUUUGACCCUUAUUGGAAUGGUGGCAGCUAUUACCUAUACGGUAAGCAACAGGCUUUUUGUCUUAUCUCCAUUUAAGGCUGGCUGUAUUUUUCAACACUUUGAAUUCUGUCAUAUGUUAAUGCAGGAUCAAAUCCAGUGUUCUUGAAGUUAAGGGAUAACAGGUGAUUUAAGUUGCAAAUCUGUAAUGCUUCCCUGAAUACCGUAUUUUACCUUUUCUCAGCUUUAGGUCAACAAGUAAAGUGAGGCUUAAUGGGAUGAUAUAGUUGAUUCUUUAAAAGAGAAGAUCUAGAUUAAGAAUGAUGAAUUUUUGGCCCUUUUGAUGUUGUUGAAUUACACUUCCCAUAAUGCUUGUUCUUUCUGGUAUCUGCUUUUGGAAUUGAAGACAACAUUUGAAUGGGUUCCACACUGAUUCUAGACUCCAAUAUUUGUUUUGCAAUGCUAAAUGUUUUUUUUCUUUUUAAACUAUAUGCAGGACUUGUAAGAAAAUAAGGAUAAAUCAGUAACAGCUUUUACUAUAUAAGCAGAAGCUGUGCAACAAAAUUUUCUUAUCUACCUUCAGGUGCCCAGAUUUGUUUGGAAAAUCUUUAAUCUGCAGAGCAGAUUUUAAGGAUAUGAGAAAGGCUGCAGUGGGGAAGGGAAUGAUGCUUUCCCUGUUUUGGUGAGAAAAGCACUUACAGCAGCAGCAGGAUUGUGCUUAUUUUGCAGAGGGUACUUGACAGUAUAAAUUAGGACCAGGGAAUCCACGUGACUGAUGUAUUGAUGAACCAAAUUUUUAAUGAGAAAGUAGUUUCUUUGCAACAUUUAAAUACCAAACAGUUGCUUUUGAAAUUUUAGAUAGUAAGGCAAUAUGGAUUUGUCCAAAAGUAUAUACAUUUCAUGAAUCUGGUUAGUUUAUUUAGUUGCCUUGAAGUGGUAGUAUACUAUUAUUACAUGUCCUCAAAAUUUAGUAUCCAGGGAGUGAAGGAUAUUAAAAUGAAUAGUGCAGUUGUGAUGUAUCAUCCUGACUCAACAUUACAGUCAGCAAAAGUUUGGUGCCAUCUCUUAAGUCGAUGUGUCAAAGCUGAGGAUACAAAAUGGAAUCACUGUUAUAGAUCUUUGUAUCCUUAGUACUGAACUUCUCAGCAUGUUGGCUAAAAUGUUUCCCUGGUUUAAAAGCUUUUGCCUUAAGAAACUCUGUUUCAUUAAAAUAUUUUUAAAUUCCAGUAUAAAGAUUGUAUUCUAUUAUUAAUUUAUUUAGAAAAGAGCAAUUCAUUUUUAUAUUAGUCCCUUUAGCCUACAGCAGAUAUUUUGGGAGUUACUUCCUAAAGAAUACUGGUAAGUGAUAAUUAUGGUCUUCCCUACUUGUAUUAUAGAAAUAAGUAAACAACAACUUACAGAACUUGGGUAAGUAUUUCUAAGAUUGUGUGCCGGAGAUGGCCUUGAAGGGAAUAUUUAGAAGCUGUGAUAGAAACAAAGGCAAAAGCAUUCCUCAAGGCAUGGGAAAGGAAAUAGUAUUAGGAAGAGGCUUAGGCAGUCUCUUUCCUGACUCAAUGGGGUAUAAGAAGGAGAGAACAUUAAACACAAGCAGACUUGGCAAUAUUCUGUUACUAUAGCCUAACUCAAUAAAGUUUAGUUCUAGUCUUUCUAUGGAAUUGGUUUCCUGAUGUGGUCUACUUCAUAGGGCUGACAGCUUCACAUACUUCAGUGUAUUUCUUAAAUACAUUCACUUAAAUACACUCAGAGUGUGUUUCUUUAAAAAUGUUGAAGUUUUUUUUCCCUCUUAGAAUAUUCACCAGUUGAGCAAAUAGGAAAGCUCCAGUAAGCUGAAAAAGAUCUGCCACUUGUGAGUGUACAUUUGGACUUUCUGGUGAGAAGUUUGUAAUUACGGAGAGGUUAACCAGUUUAGAGAAUGUUUAUCAAGGGCUCCCCAUACAGUGAGUGUUGGGGGGUGUUCCUCAACCCCAGGGCCUGGGAGGUGCCCAAGGGAUUCACUGUUAGGGGGUUGAUCAUUAUAGGCCCGAGCUGAUUAUAGUAGUAUCUGGGGGAGUGGUCAGGAGUAG